AUUAAAUAUAUUUGAAAUUUUUAUCACUUUCAUUAGAUUUGUAUCGUUUAAGCUCCACGGCUGUGAAAAAUGAAUAUGAAAAUAUUACCGUUGAACGAGUUGUUACAUGUGUUAGCCUGGCUUGAGGGCGUAUGGAUAACGGAGGAGCCCGCAGUCGGAAUAUAUCCGACCAUCAAGUCGUUCAAUUAUUACGAUGAGAUAAAUAUCACGUCCCUAGGCCAACCGAUGUUUAAUUACAUUGCGCAGAGUUGGCAUCCGGAAAUGGGGAUGCCGAUGCAUCGAGAGACCGGCUUCCUGCAGAUCUUACCGGGGACCAACAAGGUUGCUCUAAGUUUGAUUGAUAAUAUAGGUCUGUUCACGGUCGAGCAGGGUGAGCUGAUGAAUGGUACCAAAACUAUUGAUAUAAAAAGCACCAAUAUAUUGACAACAGAUGCAUCGAUACCGCAUUUCCCAACUUUAACGGAGACGCGUCGAGUGUAUAAAGUCGAUGGUGACAGUAUGGAACUAAUCUUCUACAUGGCAACAUCAAAAACGCCAGAACUGAAGGAACAUUUGCGUGCGAAGUACAAAAAGAUCGCAUAACACAUGAAGAGACAAGGAUAGAAAUAAAAUAUUGUACAAGUUAACGUUUUUCAUUUUGUGUUGAAAUUAUCUGACAAUGAUUAGGAUGUGAAUAUAAAAUUUUCGAAAGAUGCGAAAUGUAAACGCAUUUUUCGAUGUAGCUAGUAAAUGUAUAACAAAAAAUAGAUUUAACUUAAUACAAUGUAUUGUAUUGAUAUGUAUGCACAAAAUUAUAUACACGUUUUUGUGUCUGUCAUUUUACCAAGAUAAAUCAACUAAAUAAAAGGUCGGAGGUCGGCGCAUA